AUGCAGAACUGGGACCACGUCGACUACGUAUUCCAGCAUCUCAAUCUGCAGCCCAAAGAAGCACACGGUUGUGACUUCAGCCGCGUGCGCAAUUGGUAUCUGGACAACCAGGCCCGAUAUGUGCGCCAAACCAUCGUGACGGCAGCAUUCAUCACACCAGAGAUCAACUCGCUGUUCUCAUCGCAGAUGCAAAACGCCUCGGGUCGUGUCAAGAUCACCCCGACCUACGCCGGCGCCAUAACUGAGCUGCCGCUACCGGUCUCAGUCAAGCAGACAUUCUCGCGUAUCGACAGCCUAUCCCCAGCCAAAGACCCCGAUGCGCGGUUCAAGCAUUUUACCACCACGGUACUAUCCUCGCUGGUUAAGAACCUCGCCGGCGGACGCAGCAAGGACAACAAAAGCAACGGAACAAUGAUAUUCAUCCCCUCGUACCUGGACUUUGUCCGCAUCCGCAACCACUUCGCAUCCUCGAACCAAACCACCAAUAUCUCCUUUGGCGCUGUCUCCGAGUACACCGAGUCCCGCGAAGUUUCGCGAGCCCGCAGCCACUUCAUGUCGGGCCGGCAAUCCGUGCUGCUAUACAGCGAGCGCGCGCACCACUUCCGUCGCUACCAAAUCCGCGGGGUGCGGCGCAUCAUCAUGUACGGUCUGCCCGAGAACCCGGCAUUCUAUGGUGAGAUUGUGGGAUUUCUGGGUCUGGACCCUGCUGCUGUGGUGGAGGUUGCUGAGAGUGGUGGUGUCAGGGCUUUGUUCUCUAAAUGGGAUGCGCUGAAGCUGGAGCGUAUCGUGGGGACGUCAAGGGUGCCCAAUAUGCUGCGGGAGAAGGGCGGAGAUACAUUUACCUUCAUGUGA